AUGGACGACCCUCUAGUUAAAGCGUUGCCUCCGGCGACUGACUACUUGACAUAUCUUACCUUGCUAGAAUACCAACUAACGCCAGAACGCCUACCACUCUUGCACACUCUCCUCCAAGAUGAGAAGCUUACAACCAAUAUCGGUUGGGACCUGGUCAAGCUGCUUCUACCCAUGCUACCGGCAUCUACAGAAUGCCUGCAGGAUAUUGCUCGACUAGGGAACCCACGAGAAGUGAUUUUGCGCGUCUCUGAAGCCCUGAUGCAACUCCAGCCGGAGGACCAGGACGAGGACAACGAAGCUGUUGAGGGAUUGCCUGCGCACAUCAUGCAGUUCAAUUGCCUUAUCGGAAUGCUCUCGGUACUACACACCCGAAUUCAGACCAAGGCCCCAAGCCGCUUCAUGGCAACUUCACUUCAGGCCGCUUUGGAAGCGUACACCACAAUGGCGACGAACGAAACCACAUUAGCUUUCCUUGAGUUCUUCCGCGAAGUUUCUCCUUCCAAGAGACCUGCGCCACCUCCCCGAGCUGCAAGCGAGUCUAGUGUAUUGCGGAAUGCCGCUGCCUCAGCCCCGGACCCAGAAGCAGAGGUAUCAUCGCCCUCUCCCUCCGCCGAUAACGAGACGCUCCUUGUUCGGAAGUUCAUACAGUUCGGCUUGCUUGAACUGCUGAAGUCGUAUAUGUUGAGCUUCUCCAGUCCCAUGGACCCGGGAAUGUCGUGGACCAUACGUAUGCAGGAACAUCUGCAUCCCGAUCUGCGGCUACCCGCCCAAUCGCAGACUGAGGCAUAUGGAUCGACCAAGGAGCUCAAGGAGCGUGACAUGAUCAUGGGAAAGUUGAUGGCUUUGUCUCGAGACGUUGGAAUCGACAACGAACAACUGCUGUCAAUUAUCUCUGGCCCACCAGCAGACCAGACUGCACAGCUCGACUUCGAUGAAGCACCGACACACCCCGAUCAAAUACCGCUGGAGCGUCAUGGUUCCCUCUUACUGCUAGCGGCUCGUGCUUCCGGCGCAAUCCUCUUCGCCUCUGGGCACCCACUGCCUCAAAUAUCUAUAUUCCCCCAGUUGGCUCAGAUCUUCACCAAUUUCGUUGGUGGUUACACCAACCUGGACGAAGUGGCUUUCGGUCAGCCCCAGGCGCUUCUCGACGCCCUGUUGACCUUGACAGUCUACGCUCUGCAGCAGCCCAUCACGCCCCCGCCAAGCGAACUCGAGUUCAAGAAUUUCGUUGUCACCUUAACAGCAUGCACAGCUCGUCAGAGCCACGGAAUCGUCCGCCAAAUCCCAGCUGCGAUUGUACAAAGCCACCCAUCAUCUGAGACGCGCUUCAAGCUCAUCCACAGCAUCUUAGAGGACGACAGUCUUGCCUCAGCCCGGGACAGUGCUAUUGCAUGGCUGAAAGAUGAAUUACUGCGCCCCACUGCAUCCACCGACAGCGUUUUCCAAGAUCGACUUUACUUCUGGGCUAUCUUCCCGGCACUUUUCAAGCCAGUCACGGUCGCCAGCUCAGCAUCAGAUCUCGUCACUAGCUGGUCCCGUCUCACUCAGACUCAAGGUCCACCACUUCACUCGGCCUUGAGUUUGUACUACUUGCUGCUUUCGUCGCCGUCGAUGCGCGAGAAGCUUCAACUCGAGAAGACGUUCAAGUUCUUCCAAAGUUGUGUUUCGGACCCUCUUCGACAAUUGUUCCGGACCUUCGAGGCUGAUCUUACCGCUAAGGGAGGCGAAGGUGUUAUUGAAGGUGCCGUUGGCGAGGAGAUGUGCCAGAUUGGUAAUGCGCGAUCUGUCGGGCUCAUUGGUCUUACUUUGAAUCAAAUACAGGAGACAGCUAGUGAUGCCUUUGGUACCGAUGAAGGGGAUCUGAGCGAAUAUUCUGAAGCUGAUGAGGCUAAGGUGUCUGGAAUUCGGAAGAAGAUUGAUAUCUGGAACUAG